AUGAACUCCUCAAACCCAAACUCGAAUUAAUUCCGAAUGGGUUGACCUUCCAACCCGCCAAAAUUGCAUACCCAUAUCACCACUUGAUUUUGAUUUAAUGGGCUGACCCGUGAUCAUGCACGACUCGCAAGCCCGGCCAAGAAAUUAACAAACCGGAGUUAUGGUCAGUCAACUGACUGAAAAGAAAGCUCGCUGAUCCAACCAGAAAAAUCACAGCUUCCGUACAACAAUGGUGAAAGCCGUCGUCGGAGAGGAAACCCAGCUCAAAUUAGCCGAGGAUCGCCUCGAGCAAUCCUCCACCCCCGUGCAGGUGGGGCUCCUCGUAGGCAAACUCAGCUCGUCUCUAGACCGAGGUUUCGUCUUCGAUUUGGUCCCAACGCCACCGAACGACGCCGGAGCGCCUGCUUGCUCCGUCGUGGAGCCCGCCAGGGACGACAAGAGAAAGGGGUCUAAACCCAAAUCUCAGCCCUCCGAUUCCUCCUCACUCUCCAUUGACAAGGACUGGGUCGCCGAACAUGCCCGUCAGGUGUCUAGAAUGUUAGUGGGUGGCAUGAAGGUGGUUGGCAUGUACAUUUGGGCUAGCGAUAGCGCUUUUAAGAAUUCGAACGUCAUGCUUUGCCAGACUGUAAUGGGAGUUGCCAAAGCAGCACCCCUCACAGAGAGUGAUUGGGAUGAGAGACUGCUCAUUCACAUUUGUUAUAGUCCAAGGAGGUGGACAUGUCGAAAUUGUGCAGUAGCUUCAAAUAUUACGUCAAGCAGCCUAAGACCUUGUGACUUCAAAAUGGGAAGGGUCCUAAAUUCCCUUCAAAGAUUUAGGUGCAUGUACAACUUUGAUAUCAGAUUGCCCAUAUUUCACAAGAAUUCAUCAAAUCUCCAAACUUUUACUGAAGCUCUACGUCAUGGUAUUUCAGUUCAUGGGAAAGAUUUAAAAAGUGCAAAAGCCAUGAUUGACGGAAAUUUGGUUGUUAACAAUGAUCUAUGCACAUCAGAUGGUCUGCAUGAAGUCGAGUUGCUUCUACCUUUUAUGAAAGAUACUGAAGUCUGCAGCCAAAAAGAUACUACUGGUAUUCUUGAUUUUAGCGGUUCGGUGUGUUCCUUUGCAUACUUAAAUCCUAAAGAACCAAUUUCACAAGCUGUUGCUGAUAUAAAGGAUGACAUUAUCACGAGUCUGCAGAGUAGACUAGAUAUUAUCUGUGAUGAAGCAGAUGGCGAGGCAGUUACAACUGAAACUAGCGGCCAGCAAGCAAAAGAUGGUGCUGAUACUCAGGAAGCAAGAGAUGGGAUAUCCAGUGAAACACCUGCUUCUCAUAUUGUUCUUCAAUCCUUCAGAAAAACAUGCAGUCUUUCACUUCCCCGAAGAGUCCUUGUUCCUUGGUUAGGGGGUACAUUUGUGUGUGACUACCUACAACCAUCUGAGACUUUUGAGGUUCUGAAAGAUCGAUGUGUCGAAUUGCUGUCUAUGGAAGCUCCAACAGAUAACGCAACAAUCUUGGAACCAGAAAUAGAGGCCCCAUCUGCAGUGACCAAAUCUUUUUGGGAUGUGGCGGUGCCACUUCCCUCGGCAUCUAACUCCCGUUCAGAGAAGAGCGGACUUGACAAAUUGAGGGGAGAAAGUGGCCAAAAAUCUUCACAGUCGUCUAAUGUCAACAUCAUGGCUGCUGUUAUAUUCCUUCUUCUCUCUAUAACUGUAGGAUACAUUCUCGUAUUCGUCAAGAGAUCAUAGUUAAAGCAAGCCUCACUUGUUCACACUGGUUAACUUUUUUUUGUCCUAUAAAAUCAAGUGACUUCGUCCUUUGAAUUUCCUUUUACUUUUAGGGUAAAAAUAUGCAGCUGAAUUAUUGAACAUUUAUAUGAUAAAUCCAUGGAAUUCCUUUUGUUUUAA